AUGACCCGAUCUGACUUCGAUCACCUGGAAAAGUCCUAUAGAGAGCAGCGAACAGAACUUCAGGCCAUGACCCUCCAAUUGAGGAAGAUUGGCCUGACUGCAAAUAAACCGCAGCAAGAUGUCGCAGCUAGAAAGGAGAAUCAAACGAGUCUCCAAAACGAGGUGGUCCAGGAAAAAGCAAAGUCCACCCAGUUAGAGGCUGACAACAAGACCAUGGCUAUCUACAUAGCCCGACUCAAGAGCGAGAACAUGAAGCUCAAAAGAACAAAUGCAAUGCACGUCGCUCAUCAGCAACAAAAGAUGAAAGCUAUGCCCGUGGGCCUGAUUGAGAUGGUGAUGGCGGAGCACGCCCAGCUCUUGGAAGCGAAUAGGGAGCUGAAGCAACAGAACGAGACCAUGGCGGCCGAAAAUGCCCGGCUGCAGCGACUUCAGAGCGAGCAGGGCCAACAUGUCAAGGAGCUGGAGCAGCAUGUCGCCACCCUGGAACUCAACCAGCAGCGCAAGAGAUAUCACCUUGAGGCGUGCCGAGCGAAAAUCGGGAAAUUGACAGAUACCUAUCUGUACAAUGCCGGCGGCACUAAGGAGGGGAAACCAUACAAGGACUUGAACCAAGUUUACCCCGUGUUCCUGAACGUCUUCGCCGAACUUGAGGCGGGCUUACUCUACUGUCUGAUGGUCUCGGACGAUAACAACUCGGAUUCCAGUCCCAGCGAGCAAGCCCGCCUUGCCUUGGACAGGGUUUUCGAAUCUGAUCCGGUCUUCAGUGAUUACCUGGGGGACGAAGCUCGAGUCAAGAUGAAGGAAGAGCUCACGAACAUCUUCCACGACGGGCUCGAGCUCUUUGGACGGGGAGGCAUAUUCUAA